AUGUCGUCUCAACAAGAGUUAGAGGCGCACUACAAUAAGUACUUCUUCAGGUCGACGGAGGAAGCCGCGGCCGCUGGGGGUAGUGGCGACGAGGACCAUGGGAUGGAGGAUGCAGCUGGGGGUAGUGGCGACGAGCCAAGCGGCGAUGAGACAAGUGCCGCCGCCAGGGGUGGCGGCGAAACAAGUGGCGACGAGCCAACCGGCGCCGCCGGGGGUGGCGGCGAGACAAGUGGCGAUGAGCCAAGCGGCGCCGCUGGGAGUAGUGGCACUGGGACAAGUGGCUCCAAGCGGCCGCGGAAGGCAAGGCGCCCAAACACGGUCGCCACUGGCAGAGACACAGUCACAGAGGUGGACCCCGCCAGUGAAGCUGUUCGAUUCUCAAGAAACAGCUGA